CGGAGGUGAAGGAGGGCGUAGAGAACGCGUCGGAGUGACAGACGGCGAGAACGGAAAAGUGUUUAAGCGGAAAAGCGUUCGAGGACUGAGGGCAGGACACACGUGGAACGGACAUGACCGAACUACGGCCGCUUAGUGCGGCCAGCGGCGAACAGGCGCACAUAGACGCUCGGCUCCGCGCCGAAUUGGACUGCGCCCUCGCCGGGGGAAUGGCCCCACCACAAGGAUUAUGGCGACCACCAAUGGACGGCACACCACAUCCGGCACAUAAUAUGGCGGCUCCAGCGCCCGCCGCGCCGGGCCACGCAACAGGACACGUGGCUGCGCAGCCACAGGCGCCCGCACCAACGACAAAUGCGUGGACCGGAGCCGGCGGUGACCGGGGACCGACCGGAUAUGGAGGGGAGCAGGCAUGGCAGGGCACGGGACCAGGAACAGGCGGUGAACACACGGUGUACAUGCACGCCACUGCCAACCGGCCGCCGCCUCCUCCCGCUGGAGUCGCCGGCGGUCCAGCGGUGGCGCCGCCGGCUCGGCCGUGGCAGGACCACGACGGCCGGGAGCGCAGUCGCCGCCGAUCUAACCGCAGUGUCAGCCCGCCCCGGCGUAAACGGCGCCGUGACCAGUCGUCAUCGUCGGAGUCAUCAGAAGAUGAUGACACGGCAGACAGACGGGAGGAAUAUCGCAUGACGCCGCUGCGGGCGCGGGGAGGAGCGGCGCCGGCCGAUCUGCGCUUGCCGGCAGUCACAACCAAGGCAGCGAGGCAGCUGCGGAAUCGGCGGAACUACGUGGCGGUGCGUGAUGCGGCCGAUCCGGUCGAACCAAGUCCCAACAAUGUACUAGAGUACAUCGGUCGAGUGGCAGCGAUCGUCACACAUACCACAUACUACUUCCCACAGUGUGGGCUACAAGCAACGAGCUACCUGACGUGGCUGAUCAGCCGGAGCGCCGGCCGCUCCCUGAGAGACGUCCAGACGGCGGACAGCAGGGCGAGGCAGGCAAUGGCGCUGCGUCCCCGGGAUUUCCUGACAACCCUAGAUCUCGAUCAGUUCUGGCCUACACGUGUAGCUUCAACAGCUACAACAGCAGAGCGAGCGGGGACGAAUCACAAAGAGGUGUGUUUUCAGCACGUGCGCCGGAACAAGUGCACCACGCCGUGUCGCACGGGUCGCAUCCACCCGCCAUGCCAGACGUGCAAUUCGACACAGCACGCGACCGCCUUCCAUGCCGCCUUUUCACCCCGAGGCACCGCCGGGUGGACGGCCGCUGACCAGCAGGGCGACGCACAGCGGGGCCGGUCAUGGUUCGGUCCGCGAUUAUAGUCGGCGAGGGGACAGUGUGGACGACAGGCCCGUCCCUGCUGAUACGGGCGUGAACGUCGAGCGCCUUGAACGUUUGUUCAGUGAUUGUCCAAACAUACGGAGAGAGGUCGGGGACCUAGUGGUACGGCGGUUCCGGGAGGGAGCGGACAUUGGCUACUGCGGACCAGGCCACGGACGGUUCACAACCAACAACCGCUCGGCCACCUCGCGAGUGAUGGGAGUGUCCGCCGCGAUAGAACGAGAAGUGCAAACGGGGUGCACCCGAGGCCCAUUUGAAUCACCGCCGUUCGAAAAUUUCACGGUGAACCCAUUGAGUGCUCGGGACAAGCCAAACGGGGACGUGCGCCUCAUACUGGACCUCUCCCAGCCAGUGGGCAGUGCUGUGAACGAGGGGAUCGAUCCAGCGGAGUUCCGAGUGGUGUACACCUCAA